CGCCAGCUUGGCAGAUCAAAAUUUCCAACAUGUCGUUUGAGGUUUUUGCUUUCAUUCUUGCAAUUCUCAUCGCCAUUGGCCUGAUAUUUUUAGUAAUAUGGAAUAUUAUCGCGUUUGACGACCUCAAAACCGACUACAAAAACCCAGUAGAUUUGUGUAACAGUUUAAACCCGCUUGUUCUACCAGAGUAUGGCAUUCAUAUCUUCUUGACUCUAGUGUUUCUAUUUGGAGGUCAAUGGACGGCUGUUAUGUUUAACAUUCCACUCCUUGCCUAUCAUAUACAAAGAUAUAUAAACCGACCAAUUAUGAGCACACCUGGGCUUUAUGACCCCACAGAAGUGAUGAAUGCUAGUGAAAUGUGGAGAUGCCAGAAGGAAGGCUGGAUCAAGCUCGCUUUCUACCUCAUUAGUUUCUUUUAUUACCUCUAUAGGAUGAUGUAUGCAUUGCUUGUUUAGUUUGAGUUGAGUGAAACUCGAGAGUUCAGUUCAUCUUGCGCAGAGGUCCUUGGCUGAAUUAUAUUCAUUGAAAGAAAGGCAUUUGUACUUAUCACUGAAUUUUGAAAAGAAAAUAUUGUAGUUUGGCAAACGGUACUAGGAUUUAUAAUAUCAUUACAUUAUUUUGAGGGCAUGAACUUUUGUACUGUUGAUGACAAACCAGAAAUUCACAGGCUUUUCGAGUAGAUUUCAUGCUCCAUUUGUAGGGGAAAUAAAAAUGCAUUUAUAGAGAUAGAGAGCAAGGUGCAUUCUGGUCUUGCUCGAGUACAAAUAUAGGUUCUGCUGUACUUGUCCUUUGUCUUAUAUUGUGUUGUUUGUACCCAAGCUUGACCACAUUGCAUCUUGUUUGCACUUUUAUUUAAGUUAGAGGUAUUUGAGGUGUCUUGAUGUGCACUUUUUGAGAAACGUUUGAGAGCAUACUGUUGUGAAACAGGAUGUCAUAUGUAAUGUGUUUCAGAAAACAUCCAUGCUUGCUGCCUACUUGGGAGAAUGGAAUAUUCAAGGGGUGGGGAGAGUGCAUGGAAGGCCAAUGAUAAUGUGAACUGCAAUUUUAGUUAAAACCUUUGAAGAGUUUACUGCUAUGAAACUCUUUGACUAAAUAAAAUAUGUCCAGAAAAUAUCCAUGCUCGGCCUGCCAAGGGGAGCAAAUAUGUUUAAGGUUUAUAGUAAAUUAAUGCAUAGUGUGCUUAGUGGUAAAACCUGUUAUUACUAGAUGGCAAUGUACAUAUUGCGUAUUAUCAUGCACACCCCCUCCCAACCRCCACAAUUGCAUUGAUUUUAUCAUGGAGUAUAGGUCUAAGAAGGUACAUAGUAAAAAAAAUUUUCCAGAAGAUAGUUUUGGAGUAAUUAAUGGAUGUACACAUUUGUCUUUUUAUGUAUUUACUGUUAUUUAAAGGUCAUAUUGUUUUGAAGUCUAACACUAAAAAGAGAAGAUUUUUUUUUUUUUUGAAACAUAGAUUAGACAUAUUUGUUUGACUAGAAGAGCAUGUAAAGUGCGCAGGUGUACUUUGCAGCUCUUUUCAAUAGCAUACACGAAACCAUACAAUUUGCCGUCAAUACUAUUAAGGGUUGUGUUGUUGUCGAUCAAAGUGUUUUCAUGACUUUGUCACAAAACACAAGUUUCCGAGAGCACUUGCCUACAGAAUGACUUGAUUGACAUCCACCAAAGCAUUCUUUCUUCCGAGAAAAAUCCAACUUGGCUAUUGAGAAGCACUGUAAUGUAAGAACCUUUUAUGGCAAAAUUGAAUUAUAGAAUGAAAUAAAAUGUGUAUUUUA